GGCCAUGGCGGGCGGGCAGGGCGGCGGCCUUGGCGCAGCAGCGGCUGGCAGCGGCGAGAUCGUCCAGCUGAAUGUGGGGGGGACCAGAUUUAGUACCUCAAGACAAACUCUAAUGUGGAUUCCAGAUUCUUUUUUUUCCAGUUUGCUGAGUGGAAGAAUUUCAACACUUAGAGAUGAAACUGGUGCUAUAUUUAUUGACAGAGAUCCAGCAGCAUUUGCACCCAUUUUAAAUUUUCUUCGGACAAAAGAAUUAGACUUAAGGGGAGUGAGUAUUAAUGUCCUUAGGCAUGAAGCGGAAUUUUAUGGAAUCACUCCAUUAGUACGAAGACUUCUCCUAUGUGAAGAAUUGGAACGUUCGUCAUGUGGCAGUGUCCUUUUUCAUGGUUACUUGCCUCCACCAGGUAUUCCUAGUCGUAAAAUAAACAACCCAACUAGAUCCUCUACCGAUUCGAGGAAUGGACUCAAUUCCUCAGAAGGUGAAGCUCGGGGAAAUGGUACCCAGCCUGUCCUCCCUGAAAGUGGAGAAGAAACUGUUAGGCUAGGAUUUCCUGUGGAUCCACGAAAGGUGCUAAUAGUAGCUGGCCAUCACAACUGGAUUGUUGCUGCAUAUGCCCACUUCGCUGUGUGUUACAGAAUCAAAGAAUCUUCAGGAUGGCAACAAGUGUUUACAAGCCCAUAUCUGGAUUGGACUAUCGAGCGAGUAGCUUUAAAUGCAAAAGUGGUUGGAGGUCCGCAUGGAGACAAGGACAAAAUGGUUGCUGUUGCCUCAGAGAGUAGCAUCAUCUUGUGGAGCGUCCAAGAUGGAGGAAGUGGACGUGAGAUUGGAGUGUUCAGCCUUGGUGUUCCUGUGGAUGCCCUCUUCUUCAUUGGUAACCAGCUGGUGGCCACAAGUCACACAGGAAAGGUGGGCGUGUGGAAUGCUGUCACUCAGCACUGGCAGGUUCAAGAUGUCGUUCCUAUAACUAGUUAUGACACUGCUGGGUCAUUCCUCCUGCUGGGAUGCAACAACGGAUCCAUAUAUUACAUUGAUAUGCAGAAGUUUCCUUUGCGAAUGAAGGACAAUGAUCUUCUUGUAACAGAACUUUAUCAUGAUCCUUCCAACGAUGCUAUUACUGCUCUGAGUGUUUACCUCACACCCAAGACAAGUGUCAGCGGCAACUGGAUUGAGAUCGCCUACGGCACGAGCUCAGGAGCAGUGCGCGUGAUUGUGCAGCAUCCGGAGACAGUGGGGUCAGGCCCCCAGCUGUUCCAGACGUUCACUGUACACCGGAGCCCCGUUACGAAAAUCAUGCUGUCGGAGAAGCACCUUGUGUCAGUCUGUGCAGAUAAUAAUCAUGUCCGCACAUGGACAGUGACACGGUUCCGAGGAAUGAUCUCUACUCAGCCAGGCUCUACCCCUCUAGCGUCAUUCAAGAUACUCUCUCUGGAGGAGACAGAAAGUCACGGAAGCUAUUCCUCUGGAAAUGACAUUGGGCCUUUUGGAGAGAGAGAUGAUCAACAGGUGUUUAUCCAGAAAGUUGUUCCCAUCACUAACAAGCUGUUUGUACGACUUUCCUCCACGGGGAAAAGAAUCUGUGAGAUCCAGGCAGUCGAUUGUACUACAAUAUCCUCAUUCACAGUGAGAGAAUGUGAGGGAUCCAGUAGGAUGGGCUCAAGGCCAAGGCGCUACUUGUUCACGGGCCAUACGAACGGCAGCAUUCAGAUGUGGGACCUGACCACGGCCAUGGAUAUGGUUAACAAAAGUGAAGACAAGGAUGUAGGUGGCCCCACUGAAGAAGAGCUACUCAAAUUACUGGAUCAGUGUGACCUGAGUACCUCUCGCUGUGCUACCCCUAACAUCAGUCCUGCAACCUCCGUGGUUCAGCAUAGCCGUCUUCGCGAAUCAAAUUCCAGCCUUCAGCUCCAGCACCAUGAAACCAUCCAUGAAGCAGCUACUUACGGCUCCAUGAGGCCUUACAGAGAGAGUCCAUUGUUAGCGAGAGCGAGGAGGACUGAGAGCUUCCACAGCUAUAGGGACUUUCAGACGAUUAAUUUGAACAGAAAUUUAGAGAGAGCCGUCCCUGAAAAUGGUAACUUUGGCCCAGUACAAGCUGAAGUGAAACGGGCAACAGGGGAAUGUAAUGUGUCUGAGAGAAAGUCUCCAGGAACAGAAGUAAAAGGUUUGAGAGAAACAGAUAGUGGAUUUCUUGAAGCACAUAAAAUAGCUGAGGGUUUUCUAGAAUCCAAGAAAAGGCCCUCAGAAGAAGAAAGUGAAAAUAAAGUUGAGUUAAGAAAGAAAGGAGGAUUCGAAGGAGGAGUAUUCCUUGGAAGAAAGAAAGGGCCCUACCUGGCGUCCUCACCUAGUACUUCUGAUGGAGGGACUGACUCACCCGGUACUGCAUCUCCGUCUCCGACGAAGACCACGCCCUCUCCCAGGCAUAAGAAGAGUGAUUCUUCAGGUCAAGAGUAUAGCUUAUAAAAACUCCCCAAAAGUGUACUGCAUUGCAAUACAUGAGCUUUUACACCGAAACUUUACAAAUCACAAUUGGACUUUAUUUCAUAUCUUUUUAACAAAAUUACCUCGAAUAAGGAGAUGUAUCUUUUGAACCUUUGGAAAAAUUUUUUAGUUUUACAAGUACACUUACCAGAUCAAUUUGUAAAGCAAGAGUCCAAUUUCAUUGCUUAGCUACUCAGCUAUUCAUUGUAGAUUUUGGAAGCGUAAUACCAUGUCUUAAGAUGAUGCCCAUUUAGAUGAGCUUCACCUUACAGUCUGGGACCAGCAGACUGCAUUCCUACUCUUGAUUAUGCCUGAGACUUGUCUUGCAAUGUUACCUUAACUGAAUCACAAAAUUCUCUUUGGAACUUAGCUCCCAACCCUUAUUGUGAUUGCAAAGAGUUUACCAGAUGAGGUGCUAUGUUUGUGAAAAAAUAUAAUUCAGAAACACUAUUAAUGUUGAGUAUCACGUGACACUGUAGAAGUCAGUCCUUAGGAAUUUUUUUUUGUUUUUUAAUUGUGGUCAUUUUCUGAUUCUUGUUGUUGGAGUUCUUAAAUCUUAGUGUUACCAGUAAAAAUCACCAAUAUUGAUCAUAAGAGUCCAUUUAAACUUUUAAAAAUUGGGUCAAUUUCAACAGAUUAACUAAUCAAGGACAAAGCUUUGAGUUUGGGGAAGGGUUGCUAGUCUACCAUAUUUUAGGAGUCACCAGAUGUCUUUCCCAGUGUUACUCGAAAUACUUAUAUUGGAAUGUGACCAUUUUGUUAAACUUAUGAGACUGAAGGACUGAAUUUUUGGUUAAAGGUUUUGACUGCUGUAAAAGUUAAAUUUUUAAUAUUUUGCGUUGUAUUACAAAGUUUUUUGUACUUUUUCCAUUGGAAUGAUUUUCAAGUUUCUGCAAAAUAGGUAAUUGUAAAUUUAGAGCAUUAAGCAUUUAUUGGUGAAUAAUGUAUAUAAAUAUUCCCAUUCCAAAAAAUAAUUGAGUGAAGUUGAAAUAAAUUCUUUAAAGU